AUGUCAGUAACAACCGGCCUUGAGAAACACCGAAACCUCCUCUACGAUAACCCCAGCUCUCAUCUCUACAACCCAAGUAAUCACUAUGAAGAUCAAAUCAGCCUCCAUUCCACAGCAGUAUGGGACGACGAGAAGACUUACUCGAAGCAGCCAGAGAUCCGUAAAGCAGCCUUGAAUACCACCUUCAAGUACGCCAGAGUCUGUGGAGCCGACAAAGCAGGGGCAAUGAAGACAGAGAUACGGGGCGGCUUUCACACUAGCUCGGAAAGAGAUUCGUUCAAGCACCUGACUGUACGCUUCUUUGACAAAGACGGACGCCAAAUGUACUUCUACCGCAAGUCGGACAAGUCGUUCUGGGAUGUCCUCCAUGUUCCCGAAGACAUAGCGGCAAAUAACGCAAUUUGGAGGAUCGAGGACGACUAUGCUAUUAUCACUGAAGCUGAGUGCAGAGCGUAA